AUGCGCUUCCAAACCCUCAGCCUUGUCUCCACCAUCCUGGCCCUCACCGGUGCCCAAAAAGUCGAGCAAGACGACAUCCCAACCCAAUGCACCAGCGUAUGCGCUGACCUCGUGUCUACCGCUCUACGGUGUGAUCGUGACAACAACGACAACGACGCCGCCGAGCUGCAAUGCAUCUGCACCUCGCAAAACGCCAACACACUCGUUCCCAACUGCGAGUUGUGCGUGCGCAGCAACCGGAAUAACGGAAAUGACAAUGUCGCAGACGUCAACGACGUCCUUACCAGCUGCAGCUUCCAGCGGGCGUCGCAGACGAUUAGUGGCAGCGCUUCAGCGAGUGGCUCUGGUACGGUUGUGUCGACGGUAAUCAGCACGAGUGGAACUAUUGUUUCCACUUCAGUCACCGUUGCUAAUACGGCGGCGCCGGCUGCUAGUACGGGCGGUGCGAUGCCGAAGCAGACUGGUGCGGCUGUUGGACUGGGUGCGCUGGGUCUUGCGCUGGGGUUAUUGUAG